UGACCAAAAAAAAUUGCUGCUCAAUUAGUCGAAGAAAAAUACGAACUUGCCCGCUGAGAAAACUGGCAGCGUUCUUAAGGAUUGCAUUGCAAAGAAACUGGAUAUGGGCAUCGUAGCAAACACCAUCGACUCUAUCAAAUCUAUUCACAUCAGACAAACUCUCUCGCAAACCAUUAAUCUCGGGUUGAUUGUUGCUUCAACAAUAAUGAUAUGGAAAGCGUUGAUGUGUAUUACUGGUACUGAGUCGCCGCUCGUAGUUGUGAUUUCUGAAAGUAUGGAACCUGCUUUCCAACGAGGUGAUAUUUUGUUUUUGCAUGCCAGUAAGGAUCCUAUUCGGGCAGGGGAAAUUGUUGUGUUUAAUGUAGAGGGAGAAGAAAUUCCAAUUGUCCAUCGAGUGAUUGAGGUACAUGAGCGACGGGGUUCUGGAGAUGCUGAUAUUCUCACAAAGGGAGACAACAACGACAUGGAUGAUACAGUUUUAUAUGCUGAUGGCCAGAAUUGGUUGAAACCGCAAGAUGUCAUGGGACGAGCUGUUGGAUUCUUUCCUUAUGUUGGAUGGGUGACAAUUAUAAUGACCGAGAAGCCACUUAUCAAGUAUAUAGUCGUGGGUGUGUUGGGGUUGGUUGCAGUUACAUCGAAGGACUAGUGAAACAAAGAGCUCAAGACUUGUUAGUAGCAUAUAAACACUUUCUUUUGGAGCAGCACAGUUCAGCGUUUGUAGAUUUUGUAGCAUAAUAUACAGAGCCAAAUUUCAUGUUUGGUAUUUCUACUACACUAAUAUAUAAUAAUCGAAUAUAACACAACUGUAUUAACAUUUAAUUUAUUGAUAAUGAAACAUGAUCACAUUUCCAUUCC